GCCUACAGAAACUCUACUUUUUAUGUGUGCAGUAAAGAGACAGAUAUUGUGGCCGCCAUGUUUUUGAGACUUCCAACGUUGGUGUUUUUGUUGGUGCUGGUGAGUCUGAGGAGUGGUGAAGAAACCAGUUUCAUCUUUAAUACUGGUUUCCACUCUGCUAACUUAACCAUGGAUGGUCGGUCUUCCAUCACUUCCAAUGGCCUCCUCCAGCUCACCAAUGAAACUAGGCUGCAAAAGGGCCAUGCUUUUUAUCCUAAUCCAGUUGUUUUCUCAAACACUUCUUCUUUCUCCACCACUUUCGUCUUCGCCAUUAGACCUCAAUAUCCAACUCUCAGUGGUCAUGGAUUAGCUUUUGUAAUUUCUCCAACAAAAGCAUUGCCAAAUGCUAUUCCCUCUCAGUACCUUGGCCUCUUCAAUGAAACCAACAACGGUGACUCCACAAACCACAUGCUUGCAAUAGAACUCGACCCAGUACAAAACAUCGAGUUCGAUGAUAUCAAUGAUAAUCAUGUUGGAAUUGAUAUUAAUGGCUUGAAUUCGACAAGAUCUGCUCCUGCUGGAUAUUAUGGUAACGAAUCUCAGUUUCACAAUUUGACCCUGAUAAGUGGCCUUCCGAUGCAAGUGUGGGUGGACUAUGAUGGAGUCAAGAAGCACAUUAGUGUUGUCCUAGGUCCAAUCAAUAUUACAAAGCCCCAAACUCCAUUAUUAGCUUUGUCUCGAGAUCUUUCUCAUAUUCUAACUAAUCCCAGUUAUGUCGGAUUCUCAUCUUCCACUGGUUCACAACUCUUAGCUUCUCACUAUGUUCUUGGAUGGAGUUUCCAAGUUAAUGGGGAAGCUCAGAAUCUCGUAAUCUCUGAUCUCCCAAAGCUACCAGGACUUGGAGGGAAAAAACAAUCCAUGAUUUUGCCAAUUGGGUUACCUUUGUUUUCACUAUGUUUAAUUAUUCUUGUGAGUUUAUAUAUAGUUUAUUACAUAUACAGGAAAAGGAAGUUUUCUGAGAUCGUUGAAGAGUGGGAGAAGGAUUAUGUUUCUCAAAGGUUCAAAUACAAAGAUAUCUACCUUGCCACAAAAGGAUUCAGAGAGAAGGAGCUUCUGGGAAGUGGUGGAUUUGGAAAAGUGUACAAAGGGACAAUGCCGAGUUCGAAAAUUGAGGUUGCUGUGAAGAAAGUGUCCCAUGAAUCCCGACAAGGCAUGAGAGAAUUUAUAGCAGAAAUCGUGAGCAUUGGUCGUCUUCGCCACCGAAAUCUCGUAUCCCUUCUAGGGUAUUGUAGGCGAAAAGGUGAGCUUCUUCUAGUCUACGAUUUCAUGCCUAAUGGAAGCUUAGAUAAAUAUCUUUAUAACCAACCCAUGGCAGUGACAUUAAGUUGGUUGCAAAGAUUCAGGAUCAUCAAAGGUGUAGCUUCAGGAUUGUGUUAUCUACAUGAAGAAUGGGAUCAAUUAGUGGUUCACAGAGACAUAAAAGCAAGCAAUGUUCUAUUAGAUUCUGAUUUUAACGGAAGGUUAGGAGAUUUUGGUCUUGCAAGAUUAUACGAUCAUGGUAAUGAUCCUACAACUACACAUGUGGUCGGGACUCUUGGGUAUCUCGCACCAGAGACCACAAGAACAGGGAGAGCCACGACAAAAUCAGAUGUUUUUUCUUUUGGUGCAUUUUUAUUAGAGGUUGUAUGUGGAAGCAGACCUAUAGAGCAAGGAAGUGAAGGUGAGAGUGUGGUUUUGGUGGAUUGGGUUUAUGGAUACUGGCAAAGGGGAGAGAUCAUUGAGGCAAAAGACGAAAAUUUAAGAAGAGAUUACAUUGCAGAAGAGGUUGAAUUAGUGUUGAAGCUUGGACUCUUGUGUUCAAAUUCUCAGCCGUCAAAUAGGCCAAGCAUGCGUCAAGUUGUGCAGUAUUUAAAUGGAGAUGUAACUUUGCCUAAUUUGUCCAGUCAUAAAAUGUUUGACAACAUUGACGGAGUGUCCUUUUCAUCUCCUAUUAUGGACGAUUAUUUCUCUCAUAGUUCAAUACCUGAAUCACAGCUUUCUGGUGGUCGUUGAUUUCCUGUGAUGACACAUAUAUGUCCAAAGGAACAUGGUAGUUAUUUAAGUAUAUUUGCUAUCGGAUUGGUUGCAUUUUGCAUGUAUUUUACGCUUUGAUUUCUGUUUUUGACAUGUUACAUCUCUUUCUUAAUAUGAAGGAAAUAUAAUUUAUGUUCAUAUACAGGGAUUACAAGUUAUAUGAAUUUGAUUUAUG